GGGGCGGUCCCGCUCGCGGCGCGGCGAGGCGAGGGCCGGAGCCUGGCGGCGGCGCGGCGGCCUGAGGCCCGAGAUGGUGAUCUGCUGCGCGGCCGCGAACUGCUCCAACCGGCAGGGCAAGGGGGAGAAGCGCGCCGUCUCCUUCCACAGGUUCCCCUUGAAGGACUCAAAGCGUCUGAUCCAGUGGUUAAAAGCUGUUCAGAGGGACAACUGGACCCCCACCAAGUACUCUUUUCUCUGCAGUGAACAUUUCACCAAAGACAGCUUCUCCAAGAGGCUGGAGGACCAGCAUCGCCUGCUCAAGCCCACGGCCGUCCCCUCCAUCUUCCACCUGCCUGAGAAGAAGAGGAGCACCGGAGGCCAUGGCCGCACGAGGAGGAAGGACACCAGAAAGGCCUCGGGGGGCCUGAGGGGACACGCGAGCGGGGUGGACGGAAAAGGAGCUGCAGGUGCGUCGUCGUCCUCAGGUGCAAACCCAAUGGCCAAGCCCGGGGCCCGGAAGGUGAAGCAGGCCCCGCCGCAGGGUGAGGCCGCCCAGGAAGCCGCCGGUCGGGAGCGGGCGCCGCAGGCCCCAGCAGGAACUCCGGCCGAUGGCUCGGCCGCCGCCAGCAGUCAGGGCGAAGCAGAGGCGUCUGCGGUAGACGCGGGCGGUGAGAGCGCCGCCGCGCCCGACGGAGGCCUGGUGGACAAGAGCGGCAUUUCCGUGGAUGACUUUACCCCGCCAGGGUCUGGGGCCUGCAAGUUCAUUGGCUCGCUUCAUUCUUACAGUUUCUCCUCCAAGCACGCGCGCGAGAGGGCGUCUGUGCCCCGAGAGCCCGUUGACCGAAAGAGGCCGAAGAGAGACGUGGAGCCCGGCUGCAGCGGGACCAGCCUGGGGCCCGACAAGGGCUUGGCCCAGAGCCCCCCGAGUUCAUCGCUCACGGCGACGCCUCAGAAGCCCUCCCAGAGCCCCUCCGCCCCUCCGACGGACGUCACCCCGAAGCCGGCGGCGGAAGCCGUGCAGAGCGAGCACAGUGACGCCAGCCCCAUGUCCAUCAACGAGGUCAUCCUGUCGGCGUCGGGGGCCUGCAGGCUCAUCGACUCGCUGCACUCCUACUGUUUCUCGUCCCGCCAGAACAAGAGCCAGGUGUGCUGCCUGCGGGAGCAGGUGGAGAAGAAGAACGGCGAGCUGAAGACCCUGCGGCAGCGCGUCAGCCGCUCCGACAGCCAGGUGCGCAAGCUGCAGGAGAAGCUGGACGAGCUGCGGAGAGCGAGCUUCCCCUACCUGAGCAGCCUGCUGCCCCUGAGCCGCGUGAGAAUUUGGUGGGUUCCUGGAAAUGAGACCCGAGGGAGCGUGGGGCCCCCAGGAAACUGUCUCCUGCUCGUCUGCGUUCAGCUCCAGCCUCUUGCCCAGUUGUCAUCCAGCGUCCCUGUCAGCUCACAUCUGCCCCGGGGACGUUUGCCCUAUUUCCUGUCCUUUCUUUUUUCCCUGUGUGCGCGAACACCUUUUCAUCUGACGGGUCAUAAAGUGAGGGCCUUGCCACCAUCUCAAAAGAACAGCUUCCCCUGAGGCGCCGGGCAGGUGCGGUACGAGUGGUCACGGGGCCAGGACAGUGUCUGCUCCGCCGGGACGGCCAGCGCCAGCCAGGCGACGGCAGCCUGGGCCCUCUCUCUCUCGUGCUUUGCAGCCGGUGUCGGAAACACUGCCGUCUGCUAACACAAAGCAGAGGGAGGGUGGGAGGCGCCAGGAAGGCGUCCGUCCCCAGCGAGCGUGUCUGCUUGUUUCCUGUCGCUGGGGUCCUGGGCCCGUCUGCUGACACCUUUGCCAGGAGGCACAGCAGUCUCGAGCACCCGUGUCAGAGCCAGAUGAGGGUCCACCAGCCCGCUAGGAGAUAGAUGCAAGGGACGCAUCAGGAGUUUCCAGGGUGACUUACAGAAACAGCUUUUGCCAUGUGCCUGGCUCCGCCUGCUUCCCCGUUGAAGGAAGGGGUUCCCUCCGUGGCCCCUGGGGGAGGCAGUGCAGGGCCGAGGCCCCACUCCUCACUCCCUGGCGGGUCCCACCUUCCUAAGCCCCGGAAUGAUCUCCUCCCAGAUCCCAGUUCGGUCACCUCCGGGUGUCCUUGUCCUCUCCCGGCUGGAACUACACUUCCCAGAAUGCACUCUUCGGCUUGGCACUCCCUUCCUGCCAAGCCGUUAGUAACCAGGUGCAAACGUUUCCGUCAGUUGGCAGAGAACAACCUUGAAGAACCUUGACGGUGUCUGGAGUUCAGAAAACUUAGUGAUGGGUAAGCCUGCUUUUGCUGUCUUGGGCCAACAAACGAAAAUUUAAAUUUCUUGGAGAAGAUUUAAAUUUUUGGUUUCGCAUUUCGGUUGAGGUUUUAAUAAAAGAAGAAAAAAAUGAAACUAAAAGCCUGUCUGAUUUACUUGAAGAGGUAGAAAGUGGCAAAUAGGCUUAAGCCCCUUACUUUUUAUGCUCAUUUGUUUGACUUUCGAGUUUACCUUACUUUCAUUUUUCUAAUGAAGUAUGAUUUACAUGGAGUGAAAGACACCAGUCUUAAGGAUGUGAUUGGAUGGAUUUUGACAUAUUUCACGUAACUUGACAUUUGGAUCUUAGAAUUUCCCUGUUGGUCGUCCCCUGCACCGCUUCAUUGAAAACAGGAGGAGACACGGUGGCGGCAGGGCCGUGGGCAGGGGUGCAGGUGCCGAGGACCUGGCUCACCCCGUGCUGGGGGGCGGCGUCCAGGGGCACUAGACCUGGCAGGAGGCGUGGAAUCCCCCUGCCCACCACCGGCAGGUUAGCGCCUGCCCCGUCAUCCUUAUUCGAUUAAAAUUCGUCACAGCCGAGAGCAACUUGCCAGGAAGCCAGAACUACGCUUGAAGAACCUAAUUCAGAGCAGUUAGGUUCUCCGUGGCAGAAUCCCACGCCUCCUGGGGCUGGAGGUUUGGCGGACGUGCGUGCUGGUCGUGGACCCUGGGCGAGGCGACCCAGAGUCUCCUGACAUUGACUUAAUGGCAUGCACCUUCCACGCAGGUUCUAACUUUUGCUGCUCAAAAUGGUGUUUCUUUGAAGAGUCAUUCCAGAAACUUUGCGUUGCCAAAGAAACACUGCUUCCUUCCACUUGAAUGUGACGCGUCAGAGGAGCUUCUGCGGGUCCAUCAGGCGAGUUCUGUGGGCCUCAGAAACCACUGGUGUCUGAGUGCGUCUUGUCUCCCCGAGGGCUUGCUGAGCAUCCUGUACGGAGGCUCUGCGUGACCUACUGUGCACCCUCCCGCUGCUGCAAAGCCCACUGAACGGGUUUACACAGAACUGGUUAGAGGCAGAAGUUAGACCCUCAGCUGUCUCUCCCACUUGCUCUCCUGAAGACACCCUCUCACCCCGGGUCCCGGUGCUGUGACCCUGCUGAGCCCACCCCUCUGGGGGUUUUGACCUGUCCUGGGGUGAUGUCCACCCUUGGCCCCGAUCCCCCUCCAGGCUGCCAGCCUGGGACACUGGCCCCUGCUGGACUUUCCCCCUGACCCGCACCCGCCCACCUAUCCCUGUUCUCCUCCACUCUUCCUGGCCCGCAUCACCUCUUAAGCCCCUCUUCCCAUUUUGUGGUUCCGGCGAUUCUGUCCUCCGGGCUCCCAGUAUGAGUCCCCUCAGCCCACCUCCCUGGUCCCCACCCUGGGCAGGCUGUCCCUCUGUGUCACCUCACCCAGCCGUAGUCACCCACUCCAGCCCCUCCCCCCGGUCCCCGGUCCCCUGUCCCCUGCCCGAGCCCCCACAGCACAGCACCUGCGCUCUGGCCUGCAGUCGUCGUCACCAAGGAAAGAGGGAACGGGCCAGACCCGUGCUAGCAGACCACCUGGGGUGCUGCUGUCUUGUCCCAAGGCCCUGCAUCAGCACCCCAGAGGUAGAGAGGGUGCAGUCCAGGGCUGCUGGGAUGGGCCAGGCUCCGCCUGCGUCUGCCUGCGUUAGCUGGGUGGGCGGUCACAGUCCCCCGUCCCCCACCCUUCACAAGAUCUCAGAGCACCUUUUCCACCUGUGUGCUGUUCCUGUCUUCUCUCCCCCCCUCCCCCUCCCUCCCUCCCUCCCUCCCUCUCUCACUCCCUCUCCCCCUCCCCCCCUUCUGGUGUCACUUUGUCGGAAUUGCUCGUGCAGACACCUGUCUUGCCUACUGGCAAGUGAGGGCUGACGCAGAAAGCCCCCAGAUCCUCCGAGGAUCACCUUCAGUGGUUCCAGGGCCAGCACCUGCGGGGGGAGGAGGCCCAGCAGACCCCCGGGCCCCUGCAGGGGUGUCGGGAGGAUGUCCACAUGCCCGGGCCCUGACCACUGACUCACCGAACCACACCUCACACUGUAAGCUGCAGUUGUUGUCAUUCAAACGCAUCUUCAGAAAUUGGGGUAUUUUACCCCCAGGUCAGUAGUUCUAGAUUUUCUUAAAACACCAAAACAAUCUUCAAGAGAAGGCUGUCUCCCUGUGGGCAGCAGUCGGCCAGCACAGACCAGAGGCCCUGGGAGGCUAGGCUGCCCCCUGAAGUGCCAGCUGAGGUUGGAGUCACCUGGCCACUCAUGAACCUGUGCUGUGGUGACAGUAAACAGGUCCUGGGAAGGCGUUCCCAGGCUCGGAUUGUUUUUUCUUUUCAUGUUUGUUUGCUUUGUGGAAGUUUCACAUCUGAAUGUUUUCACUGAGGUACAGUUAAUAUAAGUAAAACAGCCCUUGGGUGUCCCUCCGUGACUCCUAUGCGACGCCAUCAUCCAGAGUCCCCGGAUCUCCACGCCCUCCUGCCCCAGCCCCCACCCCACACCCGUUUACCUAUUCUAGAAUUUCAUGCAGAUAGAAACGCAGAUUACGUACAUGGUCUCUUUUGUGGCAUGACAUUUUUGAGGGAAAUCUGAUCAUGUUUUCAUAGCCUUGCUGCACUGUGGUCGGACGACAUGGUGGGGACUCUCUUUACUUUCUGACCAUUUACGAGGUCAGUUUUCGUGAGGCUUGGAGAGGAGAUUCUGCAGUCUCGGGCGCGGAGCACAGCGUCGCUCGCUCAGACUAGCUCUCUAGUCGUGUGGAGCGAGCCCUCCGUGCUGUGCUGUUCUCUCGGACCCACGCGAACCACGGUUCCUGCUGGUUUCUUCCUGUGAGCAUCUGUGUGUCGUCAGUAGUUUCUGCUUUGUCACGGCUGCCGCUGGUCGCCUGCGUCUUCCUGACCGCGGGGUCUUCGCCGGGACCGGGACCCUGAGCGCUCUGGAGAGCCGUGCUCUGUCUGUUCUAACGCGUCUUGGGUGGAAGUUCAUGUUCCCUCACCACGGGAGCACGAUGCUAGCUUUCCCUUGGGCCCGCCUUUGCCUGGCUCUGAAAUGCCUUUCUGAGUGAUUCUGUCUGGUGAAUCUCUCCUUUGCAGCAAGAGUUGAAGGUCUUGCUCUGUGAUCCAGUGUGAAAAGCUUUUCCUUUUCGUAGGUGAGUUCCGGUACGUGUGGCUUUAGCUCUGCCUUAUUUUUUAUAUUGUACCUUGGCGUAUGUUUUUAGAAUAAAACCUUCCCCACUUGGUCUGUGCUUGGCUUGCCCGCCUCCGUGACGUCGCCACUCGGGGGUAGACCUCGGGCAUGGUCAGGGCGGCCACCGCCCGGGACCAGUUCUCCUGGGGAAUGCUUCCAUGACUUUCUGGGAAUCCCUUUGCUGUCACUUCCCUGUGGCUGCCUGGCGAAGGCUGUCCUUUGGUGGUGUCCUCAGAAUUCGCUGUAGCAGAGAUCCCUGAGUGUUAGUGUAGAGACCAUCCAUCACGGCGCCGUCCAACAGGAGCACAGCGUGAGCUCGGACAUGGUUUGAAAUUGUCCUGUAGCGACACUGAGAAGGUGAAGAGAGGGCCGCCUGGCUGGCUCAGUCAGUGAGCGUACGACUCUUGAUCUCAGGGUUGGGAGUUCAAGUCCCACGUUUGGCC